CAGUGACUUGUCAAAAUUUAUAAAAUCACUCAUUUCACCGAUUUGCUUUGGGGUUUACUUUUUACCGAAAACUAUAAAUUGUGGUGAAAAUAAGUAUUUAGAAACAAAUAAUUUAAAAUGACAGUAAAAAAUAAAACAGAGGAGCCCAAGAAAGAAAGUGCGGAGCCGGCACCAGCACCUAACGAUGAUCUGUCCGAAGAAGAUAAACGGCUUCAGGAGGAGCUCAACAUGCUUGUCGAGAAGCUUACCGGAAACGAGGUGGAGCUUUAUUUGCCGGCCCUACAGAUGUUGACAAACCUUAUAAGAACUUCAACGACGUCCAUGACAUCGGUGCCUAAGCCUUUAAAGUUUUUAAGGGAACACUACCCUGCAUUAAAAGUAGUGUACGAAAAGAUUACAGAUGAAAAAACAAAGAAGUUUUGUGCUGAUGUAGUCUCUGUCCUUGCUAUGGGCGUCAGUGGCUCUCCUGAUGCAGCUGAGAAGAGGGAAUGUCUUAAAUAUUGUUUGCUGGGGACAAUGUCUAAUGUUGGUGAAUGGGGCCAUGAAUAUGUUAGGCAACUUGAAGGUGAGAUAGCAGAGGAAUGGAACAUAGAGAACAUGAACACAUUAAUGGCUCUAGUGCGUGAUGUGGUAGCCUUUGAUAUGCAACACUCUGCAGAGAUUCAAGCGUGUGAUCUGCUCAUGGAGAUUGACCGCUUGGAUCUGCUGUCUCAACAUAUGGACCAGAGCAACUAUCCCCGAGUUUGCCUUUACUUAAUUGGUUGUGCCAGUUAUGUGGUUGAACCAGAGUCAACACAAAUUCUGCAAGGUGUACUAGAUACAUAUUUGCGUUUUAAGGAGUACCCUCGCGCUCUACUUGUUGCAAUGCAGUUACAUGACAAAGUUAAAUGCGAAGAAGUCUUCAACGCUUGCAGUGAUACCCUAAUCAAAAAGCAGUUGUGUUAUAUGCUGGCCAGACAGUAUGUGCCUUUAGACUUGGAAGAUGAAGAUUUACGGACAAUCCUGUUGAAUGCCCAUAUCAAUGAUCAUUUCCUGAGCUUGGGCCGUGAGCUGGAUAUCAUGGAGCCCAAAACUCCUGAAGAGGUAUACAAAACUUGGUUAGAGUCUGCCGGAUCAGCUCUAAGACCUUCCCUAUUAGCAGAACAUCCUGUAGAUUCUGCUAGACAAAACCUGUCUGCAACCUUUGUUAAUGCUUUCGUAAAUGCGGGUUUCGGAAAAGACAAGCUGGUUACAACUGAGGAUGGGAACAAAUGGAUGUAUAAGAACAAAGACCAUGGUAUGCUGUCAGCAGCCGCAUCUCUCGGUAUGAUCCACCUAUGGGAUGUGGACGGUGGUCUAACUCCCAUAGACAAGUACCUUUACACGGCUGAAGAGCACAUAAAGGCUGGAGCAUUGCUAGCUCUGGGACUUGUCAACUGUGGUGUGCGGAAUGAGUGUGAUCCUGCACUUGCUCUUCUGUCUGACUAUGUUCUGCAUUCAAGUGCCAACUUGAGGAUUGGAAGUGUUUUAGGUCUCGGCAUAGCGUACGCAGGCACGCAACGCGAGGACGUCCUGUCUCACCUGCUGCCCGUACUAGCGGACACGGCCGCCCCGCCGGAAAUCUGCGCGCUGGCAGCCAUCGCUUGCGGUCUGAUUGCCGUUGGUUCUUGUAAUGGGGAAGUCUCAUGUGCUAUAAUUCAGCGCCUCAUUGAAGACAACAAAGAUCUGCAUUCAUCUACUUAUGCUCGAUUCUUACACUUAGGUCUAGGAUUGUGCUACUUAGGUUGCAAAGAGCGCACGGAGGCGACGAUGGCUGCGCUGGAGGUGCUGCCGGAGCCGCAGCAGUCGCUGUGCCAGACCACGUUGUCCAUGUGCGCCUACGCGGCCACCGGCGACGUGCUGGUCGUGCAGCAGAUGCUGCACAUCUGCUCAAAGCACUACGACACUGAUAAUGAACAAUCGUCAGCAGAAGACACAGCUUUCAAGAAGCAGGACAAGAAAGAAUCUAAAGAAAGCAGCAGCAGUAGCAGCUCCUCUGGUACUUCCAAGGACGACAAAAACAAAAGCAAAUCAAAAGAGAGCAAGAGCAAGGAAAAGGACAAGGAAAAGGAAGCUAAUAAGGAACUGUCGUCGGUACAGGCAGUGGCCACACUGGGCGUCGCGGUCAUCGCUUUGGGUGAAGAAACUGGCGCCGAGAUGUGCACACGCAUCUUCGGUCAACUGGGUCGGUAUGGCGAGCCGGCGGUGCGACGCGCGGUGCCGCUCGCGAUCGCGCUGUGCUCCGUGUCCAACCCGCAGCUGUCGGUGAUCGACGUGCUCAACAAGUACUCGCACGACUCCGACAACGACGUCGCCUACAACGCCAUCUUCGCCAUGGGGCUCGUCGGCGCCGGCACCAACAACGCCAGGUUGGCGACGAUGCUCCGCGCGCUAGCGUUGUAUCACGGCAAAUCGCCCGUGCACCUGUUCAUGGUGCGCCUGGCUCAAGGGCUGUGCCAUGCCGGCAAGGGCACGGUGACGCUGUGUCCAGCUCACGCCGACCGGCGCCUCGUCAACCAGCCCGCGCUAGCUGGUCUACUAGUUGUGCUUACCGCCUUCCUAGACUGCAAGAACAUAAUCCUUGGCAAAUCCCAUUAUCUCUUGUACGUGCUUGCAACAGCGAUGCAACCCCGUUGGCUCGUCACUCUUGACGAAAAUCUCCAGCCCGUUAAUGUUAGCGUACGCGUUGGACAGGCUGUAGAUGUGAUAGGCAAAGCUGGAACCCCUAAAACUAUCGCCGGCUCUCACACACACACCACACCAGUGUUGCUGUCAUUUGGUGAGCGAGCAGAACUUGCAACUGACGAGUACAUCCCACUGUCACCUGUGAUGGAAGGCUUUGUUAUUCUCAAGAAGAAUGAGGACAGCAUUAUGGCCUCCGUUCAAUAGAGAUCUAUCAUUCGUACAAUUUAUUAUCGAUUAGUAUUAAUCUUUUAAUGUAAUUUCCUUUUUCUAAAUAUAAACCUAAUUAAAUUA